AUGACGGCCAACAGCCGCUGUUCCGCCGCGGAGCCGCCGGGCCUGGAGACCCAGCGACGGGAGAUCGAGUCUCUGCUGCGGCAGUGUGAGCUCCGCGCUGGGGACAGUUGGUACGUGGUGGAGCGCCGCUGGUAUGAACAGUGGAAGGGAUUUGUGGAGACCGGAGACCAGAACUCGUCGUCAUUCCCCGGUCAGAUCGACAACACCGAGCUGUUUGAGGAUCUGGACUCGUACCACCUGAAGGAGCGUCUGGUGGAGAACGAGGACUUCAUGUUGGUGCCGGCUGAGGCCUGGCACAAGCUGCUGGCCUGGUACGGCAUGGUGGACGGUCAGCCGCCGCUGGAACGCAAGGUGGUGGACCUGCCCAGCACUCUGAAGGUGGAGGUUUACCCUGUUGAGAUCUUCCUCUGUCUCCAUAGCAACAUGGAAAACGUCAUUACCUCACAGUUCAGCCGCGCAGACAACAUUCAGUCGAUCCAGAAGGCGAUCUGUGAGGCCUUCUCGGUGCCUCCGGGCUCCGAGUGUCGUCUGUGGAUGAAGAGUUCGGACAGCAGCUGUGAGCGCCUCAGGAACAUCCACAUGAGCGUGUUGGACGCCUGUUUGAGCUCAGGGAUGACGGUGAUCAUGGAGACGAGGAAUGCUGACGGCACCUGGCCGAGCUCCAGACCUCAGAUCAUGAGGAACUCAGUGGAGGAGCAGGACUCGUACCGAGGACAGCCGGGAGUCUGCGGCCUCACCAACCUGGGCAACACCUGCUUCAUGAACUCAGCGCUACAGUGUCUCAGUAACACGGCUCCUCUGACCGAGUACUUCCUGCAGAGCUCCUACCUGGAGGAGCUGAACUUCACCAACCCUCUGGGUAUGAAGGGCGAGAUCGCCGAGGCCUACGCUGACGUCAUCAAACAGAUGUGGUCUGGGCGGCAUUACUCCGUGGUGCCGCGCGUCUUCAAGACGAAGGUGGGUCACUUUGCGUCUCAGUUCCUGGGUUACCAGCAGCAUGACAGUCAGGAGCUGCUGUCCUUCCUGCUGGACGGACUGCACGAAGACCUGAACAGAGUCAAAAACAAAGAGUACAUCGAGCUGCGUGACGCCGACGGACGACCGGACCAGGAAGUGGCCGAGGAGGCUUGGCGCAACCACCGCCGGCGGAACGACUCUGUGAUCGUCGACACGUUUCACGGCCUCUUCAAGUCCACGCUCGUCUGUCCGGAGUGCCACAAGGUCUCUGUGACCUUCGACCCCUUCUGCUACCUGAGCGUCCCACUUCCUGUCAGCAAGGAGCGGGUCAUGGAAGUCUUCUUCGUCUCUUUGGACCCCUACGCCAAACCCGCACAGCAUCGCGUUGUGGUUCCUAAAGCAGGAAAAGUGUCCGACCUCUGCUCUGCUCUGUCAGAGAUGACCGGCAUACCUCCCACACAGAUGGUGGUAGCUGACGUGUUCAACCAUCGUUUCUAUAAGAUCUACAACACUGACGAGUCUCUGAGCUGCAUUCUGGACCGAGACGACAUCUUUGUGUACGAGCUGAGCGUGCUGGAGGAGCAGCAGGAGGAGCAGGUGCUGCUGGCUCUCUACCUGAGGGAGCGUUCUCACUACAGAGACUACGGCUCGGGCAGCAGCUCGUACGGCACAACGCUGUUCGGACACCCGCUGCUGCUCAGCGUGCCGCGAAGCAGCUGCAGCCGGGAGGCGCUCUACAACCUGUUCCUGCAGAGACUGGCGCGCUAUGUGCGACCUCCUGACCCCUCUGAAGAGUUGGAGGAAGAGGAAGAAGAGGAGGAAGAGGAGGAGGAAGAGGAGCUGUAUAAGACUCAGACUAACGGCGUCAGUGACGAUGAGGAGCAGGAGGUUGCAGAGAAAGCCGGGCCGUCUCAGACAGAACCCUGCGACGGUGAUGCAUCAGCCAACAGACAAUCAGACGGUACUGCUACAGCAGAGCCAGUCCCCGCCGUCAACCACACGCAGCCCUCAUUGGACCACGGUGACAGUGAGACCAGUAACGGGUCCCAGAACCAGACUGAGCCCCUCUGCAACGCUAAUGCUAACACUGAUGACAUCGAUCCAUGCGGGACCACCGACCCAACUGACCCGACCGACCCCGGCUCAGAACCACCGGCAGAGCAACCGCAGCAGCCCUGUGACACCACAGAGGAAGACAAGCAGGAGGAGGCGUGUUCUCCCAGCCCACCAGCCAAUGAGCAGCCAGCAAAGAGGAGGUCGUGCCGCAAGAGGAGGAAGAGUCUGUUCACCAUCCAGGCGGUCAACUCCAACGGCACGACGGAGAGAGGGUCCGGAGAGGGAGGCAGCGCCGUGUCCUUCAGCUCUCAGCCUUAUGUGGCCAUCGACUGGGACCCCGAGAUGAAGAAGAGAUUCUACAACGAGAACGAGGCCGAGAAAUAUGUGAAACACGCCAGCAUGGAGGUUCCUCAGCAGCAGACCACAGUCCAGCUGCAGGAGUGUAUCGAGCUCUUCACCACUGUGGAGACACUGGAGGAGGAGAACCCAUGGUACUGUCCAGUGUGUAAGAAGCACCAGCUCGCCACGAAGAAGCUGGACCUCUGGUCUCUGCCGGAGGUUCUCAUCAUCCACCUCAAGAGGUUCUCCUACACCAAGUUCACCAGAGAGAAACUCGACAGCAUCGUGGAGUUCCCUCUCAGAGAACUGGACUUCUCUGGCUGCCUGCUGAGGAAAAAUCUGUCCAAUGGGGAGCCUCCGAGCCGCUAUGACCUCAUCGCUGUGUCCAAUCACUACGGAGGACUCAGAGACGGACAUUACACCAGCUAUGCGUGCAACAAGGACAACGGUCAGUGGUAUUACUUUGACGACAGCAAGGUGACGUACGCCAGAGAGGACCAGAUCGUGACCAACGCUGCCUACGUCUUGUUCUACCAUCGACAAGACAAGAUCAGAAAACCCACUCUGCCCGCCCCCAACACAAGCCCCGCCUCCUCCACCCAGCCCGCCAACAGCACCACUUCCUGCAAAGACGAUGACAGCACAGAGCCGGGCACCGCCUCCUACGUCACCAUGGAAACAGACUGAACGAUGUGGACACGUGAUACUCAGGUAGUUUGAUGCACCAGGAGCUCAGAAGAUGAUCUGAGCCGAGACGAGACGCGUCUGCUGCAGGGAGGAAACAUACUGGAUCAAUGAUUCAUUAGAAACCUGUUACCUGGUUUAUUGACUCAUUUCUCAAUUUGAAAAUACAGAAGUACAUAAAAUGAUCAUUCGACUCAGUUGAUAAUCUUCUAUCCAUAUUCUGUGUCCACAUUUUAAAGGGACAAUACAGAAGAAUUUCAGCAGAAAUCAUUACAAAAUUUUAAAUUAUCAGCAAACUGAAAGAAGAAAAACGUUUUUGAUGUUAUCUUGUCUAAAGUUAGCAUGCUAACCAGCUUCCCUCGGCCCAUCCAGCACCAGAACUCCUGUGAACACGCCCCCCCCCACCGGUCCAAACUGCUAGCUGCACAGCUAACUGAGCUAACUGAGCUAACUGAGACUCAGGUGAGACGUGUUGUGAGAAUGACAACAGCAUCUUACCUGCAGCACCUUUAAAACAAAUUGUUAAAAAGGAUUUUCUUAGACUUUUUUAGUUAAAGACACCUUCACAAUUUAAAGGUAAACUCUGCCAAUUCUCCACAUUAAAGUGGGUUCGACUGCAUAUGUGAACAAAGACGUAUGAAGCCUUUUGUGGCUCCAGAGGAAGCUGCAUGCAAUCUGAUAAAUCACUCAGUGGACAAGUUGUAUUGUGGGUAAUGUAGGCAGCAGGUGUUAACAAUGAAGAACGUGUGGAAAAAUAAAGGUUUGUUUUGUUUUUAAACUCACUCAGUGAGUCCAAUGCAGCGGACUGCUUCUAAACGCCUGUCAACUACGUUACCCACAAUGCAACUGAGAGACGUCAGUGAAGGCAGUUCAUCAGUUUACACGCAGCGUCUUCUGGAGCCACAAACGGCUUCAUACGACCUGCCGACACAUGUGGCCAAUCAGAGCGCUUAUUGUUUCAGGACACGUCUUAUGUACCUUUUUAAAAAUUCAUCUUUAAUUAAUCAUUUACCGACAGAAAUGUAAAAGAUGUAAAUACAAGCAGAAUACAUUUUAAACUGGUUAUAAUCACAAUAAUAUCUGAUGGGACUUGAUGUAACGUCUCUGCUGCUGUUUGUGGAGUUUGAAUCUGUAAAUUAAAAAUCCAGCUUUUGAAACAUUGACAUCAAAUUUGACAAGGAAAAAAUUAUUUUAAAAUUUGUGUUAAAUUUCUACCUGAACUGUCUGCAGACAGACUGCUGGUCUGAAUGAGAGCAGAUUAGCAGAAAUGUGUUAAGUGGACCGCGGAGCAGCACAGAGGGGAUUGUGGGUAAUCAGGAGUGUGUGUGUGUAGCAGAGAAACAGAUAAUUUAACACUGAACAAAGCUGCCGGGAUGUGAUUCAGUCUUUGUAUAUUUUGGUUGUUUUUUUUUGUUUGCCUGUAUUUAUUUUUUUAA